UCUUUACUCUACUCUUUUAAGUUGUUUAAGCCUUUUUGCAACUAAACCCCUAUUAGAUAGAGACCGCGCAAGUAGAAUGUCCCGCUUUCCGGCCGCCAGAAAUAUGGUUAAGAGAUCACUAGUUGACGCGAUUUGUUGUCAUCGAGUCUCCGAAGGCAAGGAGCAAUAUCUACUGCGCUGGAAGCAUGACGAGCCAUCACAAGCCAUCUUAUCCUGGCAUGAUCUGGAAGACCUGGGUUCAAUCGCCGACUUUCUCCAAAUCUAUGUCGGCAAUUAUGUCACCUCUCUCAAAUCCGGCAACAGUUCACUCGGCGUCCCUGUCCAGGUAACCUCACUGAAGCGCAAAAGUCCUCAUGAUGAAGGUUCAACAAGCCGGGCUUCUUCUCAAGACACCACCACAUCCACCUCUUCCAUUUCAGCUCAAAAGCUCGAGGUCUAUAAUGGAAUUCUCCAAAGAAAGGCUGGAGACAUAUAUCCUGUCCACCCAGCUUGCCCGUCCCCGAGAAUGCCUCGUAUCGACGCAACCACAGUUCCCACUCCUGAAAUGCUGGCAGCCGCAAAGGCUCACCUAGCGGAUGGCGUGAAGAAAGCCCGUCGAUUCGUUCGACGACAGUUCUUGGAUCAGCUCCUCCGUAUUCCUGGUCCACCCGUCACAUUUGUCAACGACAGGAACAAGGAGACCCCGUCUCUAAGCUUCACUUGUAUCCAAGAUUACGUCUACGGAGAGGGUGUAUCGAGUGCAGAUGCCGUUAUGCUGGGCUGUACGAAAUGUCGGCCAGACAUGGGUAGCGACCGUGGCUGCGAGUACACCAGAAGAUGCGACUGCCUGGAAUACGCGACACCCGACUUCAAAAGUCAAGGACUCAGCAAGGAGGAACAGAAAGCUCAUUACGAAGCCUGGCAGGCGGGCGAGCUCGACGCCGCCGAGUUGCCCAAACGAUUUCCCUACAGGCUGGACAACGAUCAGAGGACGGGCAUCAAGCAGUACGUCCUUGAUGGCUUCUAUCUUGAGAGUAGGAACGUGCUCUACGAGUGCAAUCCGAAGUGCAAAUGCGGUCCCAAGUGCAAGAACCGGCUCGUACAGAAGGGGAGGACGGUUCCGCUCGAGAUCUUCAAGACGCAACAAAGAGGUUUCGGACUUCGUUGCCCUGUGAAUCUGAGGCGUGGACAAUACAUCGACAGAUACCUCGGUGAGCUGAUCACCGAUCAUGAAGCAGAUGCUCGCGAGGCGUUUUCAGGCCGCGACAAAGCCUCCUACCUCUUCUGGCUCGACAAGUUCGCAAACGACGACGGUCCUCCUGGCUCCCUCCGCACAAACGAUUGCUAUGUCGCGGACGGCGAGAAGAUGGGUGGUCCCACCAGAUUCAUCAACCAUAGUUGUGAUCCCAACUGUCGCUUAUUCACCGUCAGCUACAACAAACACGAUCAGAAGAUCUACGAUCUGGCAUUCUUUGCCCUCGAAGACAUACCUGCUGGCACCGAACUGACGUUUGAUUACAUGGACCCGGAGGAGGGCGAGGCUGGUCAAGCUGUCCACGAAGAAAUGGAUGAGGGUACUGUGGCUGUGGACUGUCUCUGUGGUGCGAAGAAUUGCAGAGGAAAGUUGUGGAUGUGAGCAAGCAUUGAAUCAGCAGCCUUCGAGACUCUAUACCUCGUGUCUUUCUUGAUCUUUGUUGGCGAGUGAUGGAGAAAGACACUGCUUGGUGGAGACUCUCGACGGACAGAUGAAACAGCACAUUCAACCAGACAAUGCUGUGAUCACAGCCUGUGGCGGAAGAUGAAGGGAUGGACCAGAUGAGUCCACAAACGUAGGAUGCUUCUUUUCACUCGGCAUAUUAUAGCAAGCGAAUUUUCCUUUCGAUCAGUUACACUCAAACCAGUCAUGCCAAAGGCUAUCGCGUU